AUGGACGGUAUAGGACGCGGAUAUGCACCGAUCCCUUUGACGCUGAACACGAUGAUUGGUUUUUCAGAUACUCUUAAAAGCACCAGUUAUUCCGAAAAGGUGGGUAGCAAGCGCGUGUGCUGGUCGGACGUGGUCUCAGUAAACUACAUAAACUUGAGCGGAAAUGGCUUUCUGUUUAGUAUCAACGGUUGCAAUGUCACUUUGUCGGAAGGUCAGUGCUCUGACACGAUUCUGGCAUCCUGCACACCUACGCCGUUCCACGUGACGAUCUUUGAUGAUUGGAAUACGAAUGCGCAUGUGAUUUCGAGCAUUACGAAUGUGGCUUCCAUUGCUGGAAGCUGUCAUCCGAUUCCGACUGAUCCAACUGUACCUAAUAAUGCGAAGAAUCCAAUGUGUAGUUGUCAACAGCCGUCACCAGAAGAAAAGGAUCUGCUUGAUCACUGGCUUAAAGCUCAGGGUCUGGAUCAGGACGGCACGCCGUCGUUAGCUGGCUCUCCCAGAAAUAUUAAUGGCUGCAGUCCCUACGAAGUAUUCAAAAUGGCAUACUCGAACCACCCAUGGCUUCCAUCUGCAGUUGUUCAUCAGAGGGAUUGCGAGAAGGUUGAGAUGCCGACGAUUGUUGACUGGUAUUAUAAAUCGGGACUGGACGGUUACGGCCAACCCAUUGAGGCGAAGAAGCCCCCUCCGCUCGUAUAUGAUAUAUAUUCGAAGACGAGUGCGACUGCGAACAUCUGCAUAAAGGCCCGUCUUUCCUAUUGUCCUGAAUUUCCCUGGCUGGAAAAGAAGUUGACUACGCCAUAG